UUUAUUUUGUCGGCAGAAUCACUCCGCUUCCGGUAGCCUAUUUAGCUUUCUUUAGCCGUCCAACUUGACGUGUAUCCAUGGUAACCACUGUGGCUACACCAGGUCCGGUCAUCUAACGGCGCAUCCUGUUACCUUUUUUAGAAGCUAACAGCCGAGGAUAUGACAGCAGCGACUUAUAGAGAAACAGAACUAAAUCAAAAAAUUAAAUUAAUAAAUAAGUUGUUUUAGUUCGUGUUGUUUUGGAGAGUCAUGACACCCUCACAGAAAGCCCGGUAUGGAUGCGAAGCGCCACGCAACACUAAAUGGAGAAUAGCAGCUCCUCCGAUCCCCUUGUUGAAGCAUGCUGGAGGGGCACCCCAGCCAUGGCCCAUUCACCCCCACCCUACGAGACAGGUGCACAGGUCCCACUUCCCUCCUCUUCCUCCUCCUCCUCCUCACCGCUCUUUCUUCCACACCCGCCAUGCAGAAGAGAGCGCAGAGAGGCCCCAUCUGGUCACCAUCAUCCGCCCCUGUGGUCAAAGCACACUACGCAAGGUAACAGUUCUUUUGAACCGCAGAGGUGUGGUGUCCUUUGAGCAACUGCUAUUAGAUAUCUCUGAGGCAUUGGGGUUUCCGCGCUGGCACAGAGCCAGAGUUACACGUCUCUACACAACCCACGCCCAAGAGGUGAAAAGUGUAUGUGAUUUUUUCCGAGGUGAGGUUGCCUUCCUGGCGUUGGGGAAGGCUCGUCCAGAGCUCAGCAGUGUGCAGGAAGCUCUAGAGGAGCUGUUUCCAGAACAUUCCCAAUACCAGGCUGACGCACUACGGGCCUGGGAGAAAAGACUUCGUCCAGCGCCAGAUAAAUCAGCUAAAGCUGACAGUGGAUACAGUGAGGUAACGGACAGCAGCAAGGAGCAAACUAACCAAGAAACACAUCAGGACAAAAAUACACAUGUCAAAUAUCCUACAACUACAUACCCAAGUACACAGCUGCCUUACCAUAUAGGCACACACCAGCCUCAAAAUUAUGACUCAGAAGUUCAGAAGUGUCAUAAAAAGAAUUCAUGCAGAAAACCUGCUCAGCUGCCUAACCACCUGCAGAGACUACGUGUGAGAGGUGGGGUCAGAGAACAACAGCUGUCGGUCAUUGGUCCAUUUAAACAUGAACAAGGUCUUAGAGAAGUAGACAUAACCUCUCCUUCACUGUGUGAAGACUGCUUAGCAAGGAGAGUUAAACAUCAGGGUCCGGAACGGCUCAAUCUACUGUCAGGGAAGGUCCCACUUCCUCCUGUGUUGAGGAAGCAAAAAGGAAGUUCCUAUACAGAACUGGAAGUGAAAAAAUUGCACGUUCACAUCAGCCCUCCACUUCCUCAGCUAAUCAGCAGAGAUGAGGAGAAGAGUGUUGCCCAAGUACUUUCAAAUCCACUUCGAGAUGUGGGUCAAGUACACAAGGACAUACAGCAGAGGAUGAGCUUUGACCUUUGCUCAGACAGCAGUGAUGUCCCCCUGGCAGAUAUCGAGCAAUACUAUGAAAUUGGACGCGUGGUUGGAGAUGGCAACUUUGCAGUAGUGCGAGAGUGCCGCGAUCGUGACAAUGGACAAAUCCUGGCAGUGAAGAUUGUCGAACGCUCCAAGCUGAUUGGGCGAGAGCACAUGAUGCAGAAUGAGCUGAGCCUUCUGGGUAGCCUCUGUCAUCCUCGCAUAGUGCGGCUGUUUGCGCACCACCACACGCACACUCACUCUUACCUGGUGAUGGAGCUGGUAAGUGGGGGGGAUCUGUUUGAGGCCGUCAGUGAGAGGGGGAAGUUUCCAGAGGCAGAGGCAGGACUGAUGGUGUCAGAUGUGAGUGAAGCACUAAACUACAUCCACUGCAAAAGUAUUGUCCACCGAGACCUCAAACCAGAAAACCUACUGAUAGAGCAUGUUGUUGCUGGCAUCUGUAGGCUGAAGCUGGGUGAUUUUGGUCUUGCCAUGGUUGUGACUGAACCAGUCUUCACCAUAUGUGGCACACCCACGUAUGUUGCCCCAGAGAUUCUCUACGAGACAGGUUAUGGAGUUGCAGUGGAUGUAUGGGCUCUGGGUGUAAUUCUCUACAUCCUGCUGAGUGGAUUUCCCCCAUUUCGCAGUCGGGAUCGGAACCAGGAAGAACUCUUUCAGCUAAUAAAACUGGGACAACUCCACUUUCUGUCCCCAUACUGGGACCCAAUCUCAGAAGAAGCCAGAGGCCUUGUCAGAGCUCUGCUCGAGCCAGAUCCCAAGGUGAGGCUGACAGCAGAGCAGACCUUGUUCCAUCCCUGGGUGAAGACCAUGGCUUCACUUUGCAGGCAGAGGGCGCUCACAGACAAGACUCAGAGGGACACCGCAGAUACUGGAGCAGAACCAGACAAGACCAGACAAGUACAGAGACUAGCUCAGACCAAUGCAGCCAAAACAAUGACAGACACAACACCAGGGAACACCAACAUUGAGGGAAAGGUCACACAUAAAGAGUUCAACAGACAUGAUGAGAGACAAGCUGAGAUGAACACAGGAAGAAGACAAGACGAGAACAAACCACUAUGGCAACAAUCAAGUACAGUUCAGACCAUAUCUCCACAGCUACAAGUGAACACACCUUCAGGGGCCACACCUGGUCAACAGAAACCAGAGUGCAUCUCUACAGGCACCAGUUCACCCAGCGGGGAUCCCAGCAGGCCAGAAAUGCAGGAUCCAGGUCACCCAGGCUGUCAUCCUGGCAACCCAGCCAGCCCUCGUGUUGAACUCAAUCAGCUUGGUGCACCCCCGGCCCAAUCUGAGUUUCCAUGCCAGAUUAGGACACAGAACAGCCAACAGCAAUCACCUACAUACUCACCAACUUCCGCCGAUACAGCGCGACGAACCACAGCGGGUCACUUAACGGAAUGUCACUCAUCCUCAAAGCCAGCAGCAGCUUCUUCAUCAUCUCACUCUCUCCAUCAGCAGAACAACUCUAUCACAUCCACUGCCCAAAAUCACCCAUCUGAAGACUAUGACAAGCCAAAUGCUGACACCACCGCCACCCACUCUCCCAUGCAGUCUCGACCUCAAUGUCAAUCUCCUGUUUCACUGUGCGAUUAGAUCAGGGUCAUCACUUUCAUUGUUCCGGACAAUCCCACUGAUUUCCUGGCAGUGGUAUCUUUGAAGGACCUGCAGAUAAUAUGAUUUACCCUCUUGGGAGUGAAUAGGAUCUGAUUGACAAGGCUAGAUAAAUCUUAAUGUGUGUAAUCCAUGUAUCCUGCAAUCACAAAUUAAUGAUGAGGUGUUGUGUAAUGAUCAAGGUAUGUAGAGGGGGAAGUAGUUUAGCACUAUGUUGAAGUAAAUUGGAAUAGAGGUGAUUAAAGGUGCUCUAAGCAAUGUCACACGUGUAGACUAGAACAUUUGUUGUCACAUACAGUAAACAUCUCCUCACUAUCCUCAUGUCCCCAGAACACAUUGUAAAAAAACGCUGUCUCUGUAGA